CGGGUCGGGCCAGUGUGGCAUUGAUUUCGAGAUUUUUGCAUUCUCCCGAUGAAAGUUCUAACGCUGGUGGCCCUCCUAGGAGUGCUGUGUGCCGAUCGAGGCCACGGCUUCAAGUGUUAUCGGUGUUCGAGUAACAGCAGCUUCGAGGACUGCUCGAAGGUCGUUAGCGCGAUAAAGUGCGAGGAAUUGCAGGGUCUCAGUGGGCUGGGUGGCACCGCGAUGGCCGGCAGCCUGAACGUUUCGUUCGCCUGCACCAAAGUCAGUCUCGAUGGGCCGUUGGGCCGCCAGUUCAUCAAGACCUGCAUCCCGAGCCUGCCGGAGACCCAGUUCUGUGCGCUGCUCACCAACCAAACGCAAACGCUGGUCAGCGGGAUGGCGGUGAAGGAAUGCAAGGUAUGCCACAAGGAACUGUGCAACGGGGCGCCGGCCACGACGGGAUGGCGACCUGCGGUGCUCGCUUCGAGUGUGACUUUAGCUUGUUAUCUGAUAAGUUUACUACUUUUUAAAUAAAACCACGAGUGGUCGGUAAAGCUAUUGGCCGUCCGAUCGGUGGGGGCCAGGGCGUUAAUUGAAUCGUCAUUGGACCGACGACAUCCGGGGAUUCUCAUUAGCUGGCAAUUAUUAUCUGCCACCAGUCGAUAAACAGCUGUAAAUGUUGCUCACCAUAAAUCAGUGCCCCGUGUAGGCAGCUCCGUGUCCGAAAGUUGCCAUCGGUCAUGCGCAGGAACUUGCUGCGGCUCUGCAUCGUAACACACCACGCUGCACCAAGGAACUGCAGUGGCACCAGUGGAGAGCUGCGGCCACGGAGGCACUAAUUGAUUGAGCAGAUGUGUGCGAUCCGAAUCGAUACU